AAGCACAUAAAUGUGCGAUGAGUUUCGCAAAAGUUGCUUGGAAAAGUGUCGGAAACCCCGCUGAAGCGAUGCUGGUAUGACGGAAUUUGCGGCUCGUAUGGGCAGUAUACAAAUAAUAUGAAAAUGUAGACCUGCUUGACCUUGAUCACAAAUCACAUGUAUUUGCAUAAAGCUAUCGUCGUAAUAUACACGACUGUGUAAACUGUGUACAAACUAUUUUUCUAUAGCUCAUAGCCUUUAUGUAAAGCAGACCUUCCAUCAUCAUUUAAGCAAAAAGAGGCUAAGCUUUAGGGGCCGAAAAGUAGCCUUUGUCGUUUUCCUUUUUGAUCCUCAUACAUGCACCUUUCAGACAUUUUAGCGUUUAGCUCCACCCCGUUUUUCUUCCUGGGGUCCUUGGGGGAACCAUAAAAAACGUUGUUUCAAUAAUCAUAACUCCAUACGGUAGAGUGCAGCACGUUUUCUGUAAGUCAUGGGGCUGGGAAUCGUUUCUCUAUAUAGCGGUGUAAAUAGAUAGCGCAAAGGGAGACGCUGCGAGUGAUAGUGGAUUUCUCAACACUGGAGUAGUUUUCUCAAGCUUUCCUCGUGCAUACACUAACGUUAUCUCAUUCAUGGAUUUGCAAAAGUUGAUCAAGUUCGACCUGUCAUCUGGCGAAAUGGAGUGUUAUUUUAUUUUUUAGACACUGACGACAGACUUUAAAUUUCUCUUUCAAUGCCAGCGAUGUAACGGUAACGGCACCAUUAGAAUGAGAAGAUUGUGGCUUCAGCGCAUACUGACAAAGGUCAUUGCUUUCUUUAUAAUCUUGAUACUCCUUGUGUAUGUUUCUACAAUUGUAUUUUCAAAUGAAGAUCACCUUAAUACCUUGGGAUCCACAGGAAUGUUUGAGAGACGGCGACUGACUGUCAAAUAUGGCAUUAAUUGUUCUGCAGUAUAUAACAUGGAACCCUUGGAAGUGGGAAAAUGUUUAGUUGUCCGUAAAAACAAAAAAUAUGUGGGGCCACCUGACAAAAAUAUUGCGAACGCCACCUCUGACUGUGAUCGGUUUGUUGUAUCAGAGGGUUUUGAUGCGAUACAAGGCUCUGAGUUUGAGCGCGAGUUUCCUCUUGCUUACUCUUUGGUUGUUCACAAGAAUGCUGAUCUAGUGGAGAGGUUACUGAGGGCCAUUUAUAUGCCACAUAAUGUUUAUUGCAUACAUUAUGACCAGAAGUCUUCAGAUGACUUUAAAUCAGCGAUGCAAGGACUGACCCGCUGCCUCCCUAACGUCUUCAUCGCCUCAAAGCUGGAGAGGGUGCAGUAUGCAGGCAUCUCACGCCUCAAAGCGGAUCUCAAUUGCCUGUCUGAUCUCAUGGAGUCUGAGGUCAAGUGGAAGUAUUUCAUCAACCUGUGUGGUCAGGACUUUCCACUGCGGACGAACGCUGAGCUGGUGUCAGAUCUAAAGAUGCUUAAAGGAAAGAACAUGAUGGAGAGCAAGAGACCUGGAGAAAAGAAGCAGCGCUGGAGUUUUCACCAUGCUCUGAAAAAUAACAAAGCCGAAUACCAUGAGUAUCCUGUCAGAACAUCUGAGGAAAAACCUCCACCACCUCACAACAUAGAAAUGUUUGUGGGCAGUGCGUACUUUACACUCUCACGGGAAUUUGCACUUUUUGUUCAGUGGAGUCCUCUAGACAAAGAUUUCUUGAAUUGGUCUGAGGACACAUACUCACCUGAUGAACAUUUUUGGGCAACUCUGGUUCGUGUGACAGGAGUACCAGGAGAGGUGAUGAGAUCUGACCCCGACAUCACAGAACUGACAAGUAAAACUCGUCUGGUGAAGUGGAAGAAUUUAGAAAAAAAUCUUUACCCACCCUGCACUGGUGAGCACAUACGGUCUGUGUGUGUUUAUGGUGUUGGUGAGCUCAGAUGGCUUCUUAACUAUGGUCACUGGUUUGCUAAUAAAGUGGACCCGAACAUAGAUCCUAUUCUUAUUGAAUGUUUAGAGGAGAAGCUUUUAGGGAAAUUGUUGAUGUCAAAAAAGAAAUAAAAAUACUUUAUUUUUUACCCUUAGGUGUAUGUUUAUCUUUUGUGUACAAAUUUAAAAAUGUUACUUUUAAGGUACAGUGCUUUUUAGUAAGUAAACUGGAUUAUGAUAAUUGCGUAACUUAGUCAACAUACAGUGCAAUAAAACUACUGUAUCCAAAGAUUUAUGAGCAUAAAUACUUA